AGGUUUCCUCCUAUAAAAAUGGGCAUCAUAUCUUCACGAUUCUUCCGUUCCUCCUCUUCGUCAUCGUCUACUACCACUACUACUGGGAGGAAAAUAGAAGCGCAGGGGAUAGUUGAUUUUAUGCACUUUAUCGGCGAAUUGAAAACGUUACGAAGAACUGGCUGGAUCCGCAGUGGAGUUCCUAAUCCCGAAUCAGACUGUGAUCAUAUGCAUCGUUGUGCAGUGCUGGCUAUGUUGACUCCCCACGACAAGAAGGACUUCGAUCGAGGGAGAACUAUACGGAUGGCUUUGGUUCACGAUGUGGCUGAGGCGGUGGCUGGUGAUAUCACCCCCUUCUGUGGAGUUAGUAAAGAGGAAAAGCACAGACUUGAACGGGAGGGCCUGCAGAAAAUGUUGUCGUUUUUACGGGAGGAUUUGGGUAGCCGAGAAACGGCUCAAGAGAUUGAGGAUCUGUGGAAUGAGUUCGAAGCUGGAGUGUCUCAGGAAGCAAUUUAUGCUAAAGACAUUGACAAAUUCGAGAUGGUCUUGCAGGCGUUCGAAUACGAGAAGGCGCACGAAGGUCUAGCAAUGCCGACUUUCUUUGAAAGUACCGACGGGAUCUUCAAGACCCCACUUUUCCAGGCGUUGGAUGCUGAGGUUCGAUCCCGUCGGAAGCGUUUAUUUGAGGACCGCGAGCAGGACCCAUCCGUACAGCAUCUACCUCAUCCAAAGGCGGCUGAGGAGGAGGAGGAAGCAGCUCCUCCUAGCAAGAAGUUACGGAGGAAUGGUAUGAAGAAGAUCAGCUCGAACGAAGAAAAAGUAGUUGAGGAUGCUACCACUACUGUUACGGAUUCUUCCAAGGGAAGUACUCCCCUUCCUGAAGAAGUCGCUGUUGAGGUGCUCAAAAUAUGAGAUUAUUCAAUCGAUGAAAACUGAGUGUAUUCUAUCACUGCCG